GGAGGAGGGGGCCAGAAAGCAGAGGAGCCCUCACGAGUGUGAAUCAGGGAACUGAGCAGCUUCUACCUCUCGCUGGCACUUUUGCAGGGCUCGCUUUUACUGCACUGCCAUAUUUCCCCUCGACCCAUCUAUCGUCUCCCCACAGUCGCGUAUCAGCUGGGGCGCGUGAGCCCUUCCUGUUUCUGGGUAGAAAGCUUGUGGUCAGCGCUGAGCUCAGCCACAGGCACGCUGAGAGAGCCCUGCUCACGUUCUGCAGCGCUGAGCGUGGGCUCCAGUGCAGACGCCGCGGGGAUCGCUGCUUUGCCGUCUAACUCUCACCAGCUGCACCUCAGCUGAGGAUCCCAUGUCCUUCAGCUGCGCCUGAUCCGCUGCUGCCUCCUCCUCCUCAAAUGUGCCCGCUGGGAUGGUCCUGCGCCCCGAAGGGAGCUGUGAUCCUCAGAGCUAGAAGGACAUAAGAGAAGGUGAGACUCAGGACCCAAGGCCAUGCCCGUGUGGAGUGAGGAGCAGCUCUGCACUCACCCCGUCACCACAGACGCCCCGCGGCCACCGUGCCCAUCCCGUGCUGCAAACUCAGCUCAGCCAUGGAGAGCGCAGAGGUGGAGUCGGACAUCCUACGCCGUGUCCGCACGCUGCUGCGAGAGCUGGAUGGGCACCACCCCGCCUGCCAGUGUGACCGAGGGAUGCUGCGAUGGACCCUGCAUAAAAAGAUCGACCAGAAUCCCAGUAACAGCUCCGUCCUGGUUGGGAUCCUGGUGAAGGAGCUGGAAAGGGCGGAGCGAGGUGACUUCAGACAUUACAUCAUCCCCUUGCUGCACACGCUGAUGUACACCCUGAUAAAGGCUCCUUGCAUCUCUGAUGAGCUCUGCAGCAGAGUGUAUGAUUUCUGUAAGAAGCUGCUCACCCUGCCCAAGCCUUUCUGCACCAUUGGUUUGGACUAUGCCAUCAAGGUGAAGAUGGAAAGGACAGCACCAGGUACGUUGUACCAAAGGAUGGUCAUUUCCGAGCAAAGUCUUAAAAGUGACCCAUAUCCUUAUCAGGAAAAGAUUUUCAUCUUUGCUGAUCCUGAGCUGCUCUCUGAAGCUAUCUGCAAUGCACUGGUCACUGACACAGAGGCAGCUCAGGUCUCCCAGAGCCCCCGGGUGUGUAUGUGCUAUGUGAUCAUCCACGCCAUGCAGGCAGCCCUGGCCGAGGGCUGCGACGUCAGUGGCUUGAAGGCGACCCUCCAGGAUAUGCCCACAAGCGAUGUCGAGCACUGGUUCCAGCAAGUGGUGGCAGCAGUGGAGUGUGCAGGAAACGAAGAGAAUGCAGACCGCAACCAGCACGCAGCAAGGCUGGAAAAGAUUUACUGCACCAUCCUCAGGUCCCCACAAGCAGGCGAUGUUCCCCUGGGAGAGACGCAUGGUACCCCUCUGCCCAACCCCAACAUCAGCUUCCACCUCUGGACAGAAGACGACCAGCUCUGGAAGGAAUUGGUGUUGUUCAUCCGCCCGCUGACUCAGAGCUGUGAGCCUGACUGCCUAAGCCAGGACCUGGACAACUUUGAGAUCCAGGACAUCAUCUCGGACUGUGAGUGUUGUGAGCAGACUCGCUUCUCCGUGCUCUCCACGGACAGCGGCAUCGAGCGAGACCUGCCCGUGGCAGCCGAGGAACCACUCACCCCUUUCAACGCCGAGACAGAGCAAUCCCGGCUCCAGAGGAAGGGUGGCAUUAAAAAAAAGCCAUCACCACUGGAGAGCGUGGCCUUCCUGCAGGCUGGCUGCAAUGGUCCUGGGGCAAAACCCCCAGCAAAGCCACCGAGGAGACCAGGCAACCCCCCAGAGCCCAUGGCCCCACUCCAGAGGUUGCACACUGCCCGCAUUGUGCUGCUGGGAGAUGACCGGAUCCUGGGGCGCCUGACCCAAGCCUACCACUCUUUGAGGAAAAGAGAAACACGGCGAGUUUUCCUGACUCCCAGGCUGAACCUGCAGUUCUACUACAUCCCAGUCGUGACUGAGCAACCAGAUACCCCGACUGCCAUGGACCACGUUGCCACUGGCCAAGAAGAGUUGUGCGAGGUGGCUGGGUACCUGGGCAGAGCCGACCCAUGGUACGAGAGCAACAUCAACACACUGUGCCACAUGAUUCCCAAGCUGGCCACCAUGCCUUCCUCUCCGAGCAAACAUCUUGUGACUGAUCUGUUCAUCACUGACGUGAUCACUUACUACGUUCGCAUGGGCAUCCAGCCUGUCUCCUUCCAGGUCUAUGCUGUGAAGAUUUUCUUCAAUGACCCAGCCCAGGAGCCAGCCGAGGACGUGUUCCUCACAGAGCUGCGCACUCAGGUGCAGGAGAGCAUCUCCCACAAAGACUUAAGCACAACCAAGAAGAAAACGACCCUGGAUGGCCCUGGCAUAGAUCUCACAGCAACGUACAGAAAGGUUGUGCUGAGUGACCGGGCGAAGGAGCUGGUUAUAUCCCUGCGCUCCACAGGUCUGGUGAUGAAAUCCAUCCCCACCAAUGAGGCUGAAGACCUGGCAUAUCUGAAUGUGAACAUCACUGAGAUUGUUAAGAUCAACAACUUGUCAGGACGAUCUUUCUCAACUGUGACAAACAGGUUGAAAACACGCGAUAUCAAAAUCAGGAGCACAGAGCAGAGGCCUUUCAUGGUGUGUUUGGACAAGGAUGGCAGAAGAGUCUACAGGAACGUGAUCAGCAUGGAAGUGUCUCCUUGCCUAGAGCCCAGCUACUGCCUGCAAAAGACCAGGACAAUGAAAUUCAGCCUGCAUGAAGCAGAAGAUGUGGGGCUUGUGAAAUACAUGCCCAAGUGUCUGCUGUUGCCCAUCAACACAUUUUCAGGUGUCAUUCAAUGAAGAAAACAAGAAGAUGAUGGUGUGAGAGAUGUGACACUCGGUCAUCACAAAGGACAUGGAGAAAGAAAACACACUAAAAUCUACGAUCAGUGAUUUUUACAAUGGUAAUGGUGUAGAAAGCUGCAACAGCAGAGGAUGAUAGGGCUCAUGAAGGACCUUUGUGCCCUGCUGAAUGAUGAUGAUGAUCACCAGUAACAUCCCCCUGCCAAGAGGCAGAGCCUUGCCGACCUUUUGCACAAGUCACAGAAAACCUUGGACAUUAUUUCAGGAAGACCGGGGAAAGCACAGCUGAGAUGAUGGCUCUUGCUGUGCUCAUGGAUCAGAGAGCAGAUGCUAUCAGUGAUAUUUAUUAUGGUGAUGUCUCUCAGCCAGGCAGGAGAUCAGGGUUCUGCACAGCAAACUCCUCAUUCUGGCACAGGGUGGUGUAUUUGGGUAAAUCAGCAAUUAUUCCCCUGAUGGAUCUACGAAACCUCAUUGUAAGCCUGACCACAACUGGGAGAGCAUGAUUGUUCAACACAGCUUCUGCGGAGCCCGGUGGAAAACCUGCUGUUGUUUGAAAGGACUCACACAAAGUAAUGAUGGUGUGAAACAGGGACAUGGGAAACCUAGUGCAAUAUUUGGCAGUGAUGACCAGGGUGACAACAGCUCAGGCUGCCCAGGCGGUGCUGUGGGAUGUGCUCGGCUGUGAAUGGUAUAGAUCUGCUUGAAGAAGAAACCUUCAUUGAGCAGGCAAUGAAGUCUGCACAGCAGCAAUUUGACAUCUGAGCUGCAGUGGCUUCACUAUGCAACCUCAAAGAAUCACAGAAUGGUUUGGGCUGGAAGGGACUCUAAAGCCCAUCCAGUUUCAGCCCCCGUGCCAUGGGCAGGGACACCUCCCACUGGAUCAGGGGCUACAAGCCCCAUUCAACCUGGCCUUGAACACCUGGUCUGGGACUUCAGGAGCACCAGUUGCGUUCCUCCAUUUGUACACUCCAGGAACAACCAUCUGCAACCCCAGGAGCAGUGAACUCCUCCAUGAGGUCAGUCGGCAAUACCUCUACAACCCAGUCUGCCUUGCCAUCUUGGUUUGAUCUGUGUCUGCUGUGCAGGAAAGAGAUGCAGAAGAGCAAAGUAGCACUCCUGGGAAUGAUGGAUGGGCAGGAUACCUGCAAGACUUCUCCGUUCCUUUGCUCUGCUGCUACCACAGUACAGAAACUCUCCCCUGGUUUGCAGAUGGGCCAGGCUGAGAAGUGACAGUAUGACUUGGCUCAGAUGGACACAGUGUGAAGGAUGGUGAAGGAUGUGUGCUGUAGGAUGGUGCUGUAGGAGGGCUCUUUCUUCAUUCCAGGUUGUGCCUGACUGAAAUAAUGGAAGAAACACAGUGUGUAUUUAUUGACUUUCUGAAUGUGAUCUGUGGUUUCUGGGGUUUCUCCUUGGAG